UAAAUUUCUUUGACACAAGCUUUGUGAGAACAGCCGAAACGCCGCAUGUGUCGUGAAUACAACGUGUGAUUUUGUCUUUGGGAAGGAAGCGACUCGCUCUAUAAAGACCAUGAGCUGAAGGUUCAACCCACCGCACUCCUCCCUUCCCUCCCUCCCUCCACGAUGAAUGACAAGCUGGUGUUCCUUGGGCUGCUCUACUUCAUCCAGGGCAUCCCAUAUGGCCUGCAGUCAUCCCUGCUGCCUGUGUACCUGCGCGGCGCCGGCCACUCCCUCACCCGCAUCAGCCUGACCAAGGUGCUCUACUUCCCCUGGGUGCUCAAGGUUCUCUGGGCGCCCUUGGUGGACCGAACGGGCACCAAGCGGUGUUGGCUGGUGGCCACCGUGGCCGGGCUGGCCCUCACGUGCCUGGCUAGUGCCACUGUGGCACCUGAGUCACAGUACGCGGCGGUGGCGGGCUCCCUGCUAGCCAUGAACGUGCUGGCCUCGGUGCAGGACAUCGCGGUGGACGGGGCGGCCGUGCGCCUGCUGCGGGGGCAGGGUGAGCUGGGGCUGGGCAACACCGCUCAGGUGGUGGGCUACAAGGCCGGCUCUGUGUUUGCUGGAGGCGGGUUGCUCGCAGUCAUUGACGUGGCUGGCUGGGGCUGGAUGUUCACCCUGCUGGCCUGUGUCUACGGAGGGGUGGCACUGUUUGUGUGGGGUGCCCCCGUGCUGGACGGCGAGCUGGGCCGGGCGCAGGGCGAAACACGCAGGGGGUCCCGGGAUGCUGUGCGCCCAUGGAGGGUCUGGAGGAAGCUGAUGGAUGUGCCUGGAACACCGUGGACCAUGCUGUAUGUGCUUACCUAUAAGCUUGGUGAGCAGGGAGCCAUCACCAUGUUCCCGCUGUUCCUUCUGGACCAUCACAUGACUGCGCGUGAGCUGGGAAUGUGGAAUGGUGUGGUUGCCAUGGCUUUCAGCAUCUGCGGCUCCUCUGCUGGAGGCUUCUUACUCUCCCGCUACAGUAUUGGCUUAUUGAUGAGGCGUGUGUUCGUGAUCAGGACCAUCAGUAUGGUUUUUCAGUGUUCCCUGCUCACAGUGCUGGAGCCCUCCCCGCUUAUGAAAGGGAUGUCUGUGUUGAGUCUGAGCGUGCAGCACUUCAUAGCAGGCCUCAUCACCACACUGACCUUCACCGCCAUGAUGAACUGCACACAGAGGGCUGAGGAGAGCAUCCAGGCCACUCAUUACAGUUUUUUGGCCACCCUGGAGGUGCUGGGGAAGCUGAGCUUCAGCGCCCUGGCUGGUGGCAUGGUGGACACGGUGGGCUUUCCUAUAGCCUUCCUCCUGUUCCUCUUCCUCACGUCCAGCAGUGCACUGCAUGUGUGGAGAGCCACGGAGACAGGAGCUCUGAAGGAACAGCUGAAAGAACAGCCUCAAUGAGCAGCUUCAACUGCAGCGCAGGAGUCCGGCAGGACCAGUUAGGUGUAUGAUUGUGUGUGUGGAUGUGUGUGCGUGUGAGUUAGAAUGCUAAAGGAAAAGCUUGAAGAUUGGCUGCAGUGAACAGCUUUAACUGUAGACCAGUGGACAAUGAAUGAGUGUCUUGUGAGAACAGUAAGCAGGAAGAGCAGUGAGGUGAGUGGAUAUUUGUGACUGGGCUACAUUUACAAACACAGUGUCAUUAAUGUAAACACUGCUACAUUAUUUGAUUGUUACUGGUGCCCCCUUAUGGACAAUUUUCAGCCUGCUAAAUAUGAAUGAGUGAGUAAGCCAGUUCCAUGAGCUGCUUCACAUACAGUGCUGCUUGAAAGUUUGUGCAAUUAUUGUGUAAUUAUAGUUUUUUUAGUUCUGCUGUGAAAUAUUUUAUUUCAGUGAACAGUCUGAAGUAAUGUGUUCAUAUUUACCAAAUCUGUGUGUUGGUUUAAACAAACUUGUGCAGAUUAUGUAGAGAAGAUUGGGAACCUAUCAAAGACCGAUCAAAGAUGAGAUCUUUAGGAAAGAGUUUGGGCAGGGCUGCACCAAACAUUGAAGAGAAACCUAGUCAGUUGGGUGUUAGCCAUGCGGGUGAAGGCAUAACACACCAUGCCAAGCGGAAAGAUCUUGCAGGACAUCAGACAGUUCAUCAUGAACAUCUCCAAAAAGAUUUCAGCUCAAUCAGUUCACUGUGAGACAGAUCAUUUACAAAUGGAGAGCAUUCCAGCCUAGGAUUGGAAAUCCUUCCAAAACAUCCUCAAGAAAUACAAGAAUACAUCAAGUUAAAGCCAACAUGACAUCUCGAGAUUUACAGACCUCCCUUGCCGCAUCUCAGGUAACUGUGCAAGUUUCAGCGAUAAGAAGGUUGCAGGGAAGAAGCCUCUGCUGUCAAAAAAUCUUCCCAGAGACCAUCUGGAUGAACCUGAAGGUUUCUGUAAGUCUAAAAUUGAAACUCAACACUCCCUACCACCAGAAGAACCGUGUCCUAUCAGCAAAGCAUGGUGGUGGGAGUGUCAAGAUUUGGGGCUCCUGUUCUUCAUGCAUUGUUUAAGGAAACAUGAAUUUUGAGGUGUAACAGGAGAUUCUUGAACAGAAUGUUAUGCUAUCUGUUAGUAUUAUUUGAGAGUUUUUUGCGAAAGUAAUAACCACAAACUUUAAAGCAGCACUGUUUAAAACUGAGGGUUUUUUUUUUGCUUGGGUAACUGGAUAACCUAAGGCAUAAAUUUCUAUAUUCUAUAAUUCUAUAGGAAUGUCUAUAAAUCUCCUUGUGUUGAGUUUGGGAAAAAAUGUGAAUUUUAGCACAAGUAAUGUAACUAAUUGGGAAGGAAAAAUCCCAAGCCUGUAUUGUAUAGUUGAAAUUAAAUAAAAUUCAACAGCAGCUAAAGCAAAUUUCACAUCAUACAUUAGAUUCAACCAGCAAAGAGCUAGAGUAGAGCUACAGGACAAACCAUUUGCUGUGCAGCAAUGAGUUGCUGAACCACUACCUCCUGGGACAGGGAUGGGCCAUUCCAGUAUGGAGAAAUAAACACAAAAUGCUGUACAGUUUAGUGUUUCCACUGUUCUAACACACAUCAUUCAACGCAAGGGCUUGUUUAAGGGCUUGAUCAACUCAUGCCUAGGACUGCAACACUGCAGCUUUAUGGGUGGGCGAUAUGGAACAGUUAAUAUAUCAUGAUACGUAUUAGAGUCUGACCAGUAAAUCCACAUGCUGAUAUUAUUAUCCAAUAUGAGCCAGUUGAAGACAAAUAGGUAUCAACGUUCAUGUCAACUGAUAAAUGACAAUUAAAAUAGAAACAGAAAAACAGAAGACAGACCUUCAACCACGUUAUAAGUGUUGUUGUUGUGUAGUUUAUUCAUCAGAGGGGAACUUCCCUGUUGGCAACACAAACGUAUUUGGAACUCCACAAAUCACAAUUGAGAAUUGAGCAGAGUUGCUUUACCUCAAGAAAAAGAUUCAGCAUUCAAUGGCAAGUUGAUAUUUAUCAUAUGAAAUAUGGUGCCCAAAUAAUAGUAAAACUAUCCGUAUAACUUCUCCUCCUAGCCUAAACAAUAAAAAAUGGCAGCAGUAAUGAUUAAUUAUGCCUAAUUUUGUGGCAGUAAAGUGAAAACCUAUCAGGCAUACAGCAACAUUAGCCUAUGUUUAAUGUUAAUGUUUGAGUGGUGCAGGCUAAGCUGUUGACAAAUUUGAUUGUACAAUUAUUUAAAUUUGAAACAAUAACGAGUGAAACAAUGUGACGAUUCUGGUGAAUAAACAAACAAAGGUCCUGUCCUUUCUCCAUAGCUCUUCACUUCUAAAACUACUCAGGCAACAUCGCUUACAGCAGCUUACGCUGCCCACAAAGCUAGCUCAUACAUCAGUGCACAAGCGUUAAAAAAGCGAUUAAACUGCGUACAUUACACUGAUAUAAGUAUUGAGCGGGCUUGUCGUGUUUUCAAGAGUAAUCAAACCUGAAUUGGAGAGGUUCCUGCGCGUCGUACACUCUCCUUAUUCUUAGGAUGAACAGAGAUUUCUGAUUUCUCUCACACAAACAGUGAAAUAGUUACACAUAGCCGACAUUUUCACUGUUGAUCUGCUGCGACUCAAACUGUUUGAACACAUCUGUGCUGACCAGAUUAGGAGCGUGAAGGAAAACAAAAUUAGGACUGCUUUUUCUUCUCAUAAACAUUUUUUAAUAGGUUUUGACAUUUUCAAAAUGGUGCCAUUUAUAUAUUUCAGAGCAUAAAUGUCUUAAAAGUGAAAACAGUGUAUUUGUUGAGAUCUUGUCAGCUAUCAAGUGAUCAGAAUUGUAUCUGAAUCUGUACUUUUUAGUGCACCAUUACUGUUUAUUUGCUGAAUUUAACAUAUUGGGGAAACAAUAAAACUUAAAAUGUGGCAUGUGUAAAUUUUUUGGCACAUUUUAUAUUUUUAUUUUUGAUUUUUUCCCUGAUAUAUUAAACUCAGCAAAUAAAUAGAAAUAUAAAUAGAAAAAUACAGUAUUCAAGCUUGUUAACUUAUUUUCACUUUCAGAAUAUGUGAUUUAACCAGUGGUGCUGUCACAAACAUCUACCUGAAUAUGCUCUCCUGCUCCAGACAGCUGGGUAGCUAAAGCACUCUAAUGUAUUCUUGUAAAGAAUCAAAACUAGGAGCAUGUUGUCCGGAAAAGAAGCCAAAACAAUGGCACUGUACUGAGCAAUAAAGAUUGUUGCCUCAAUUGAAUUACGAUUAGUCUUGCAAGCCACGCCAGCCUCCAGUGUGUCCCUAUGAAAGUGCGUGGUUUCAGAAAAGUGGUAAAAGUGUCGGUUAUUCAAAAUGUUUUCAAUAAUUUUUAAUAGUUUAUCAAGUAUUCAAAGGUUCAUUGCAGACUCGUGAGUUGAUUCUGGUGUGUUGGAACUGGGAAACAAGGUAAUCUCCCAAUAAUGUAAUAAGAUUUUGCAUUUAGCCCAGUAAAAAAUCUAAUAAAACUCAAUAAUGUAGAAGAAUUGACUUUGUCUUAUUUAUGACUGGGUUGAUUCUUGUAUAAAGCACAAAAGCAGGGUGAAAGACCUUUGCUCUUAUUACAUUAUCUAUUUUGAAAACAAAUGUAAGCAAAAACGCUCAGAUUAUAAAUACAUUUCCAAUCUAUUAAAAAACGUAUUAUGACGUGAUCGAUUAAGACAUUGUUUUACACUUGUGGGAAAUAAUCACAGUAUUGGGUUCUCCAAUAGUAAACCUCAUAGUGCCAUUGGUCUCAAACACUGGCAUUGUCCAUCCUCGUCCUAGUACAGCAGCACUGCUACUUAUUAACAUCUAAAGCAGCCAAAUAUUGCUAGCAUGACAGAUGUCCAGAUUUAAGUUUCAGCGGUUAACUAUACCAGGUUACAUGCCUUUUAAACUGAGCCAUGGCGUCAGGCCAUUGAAUUUGCCAAAAGAGGAUCUGUUAGCUUAUUCAUGCACAUGAUAUGAAAUUGUAAUGACUUAUUAUUACUUAUUAUAAUUUGUUCCUGUAAUUCAGGUAUAGUUUUUAACUUAUAAUGGAAACUGAGUACAAGUACAAGUACAUGGUAUGGAAGAGUUGUAGGUAUGAAAUAUUGUAUUUAUGAUAAGGCACAAUAUAAUAAAAUAAUAUAUAAUAUAUAAACAAAAUAAUAAAACAUAUUAUCGUGUGGAUGAAAUGAAUUUCAGAAUUUAGUUUGUAAGCCAUGGUUCCAUUUUAGAACCACACACAAACAUCAAUAAUAAACGAUGAUGAGGUUAAAGACACACAUUUUCUUUUAGAUUUUUCUGUAUCUCUUUUUUUUGGAGCACACCAUUUGUUUUUUUUUUAUUUGUUUUUUUUUUUUGGGGUACAAAACUUCUUUGGAGUGCUCUUCAUUUCCUAUGCAAUGAUGCAAUAACAUGUUAAAUUUUAUUCCUUUAAAAAUUGUAUUUACAUUAAAGGCUGUAGAUUUUAUUUAACUUUCCAAAUGUUUUAGCCAAAACUUCCAUUGUUGCUAAGAACGAAGACGAAGAAGUAAGCAUUAUGCAAUGGACGUUGGAAGCCAUGAUUGCAAAUUAUGGUGGUACUGAAGCUUGACUUAAUAGCACGGGGCUGUUGUUCUUUUUUUAAUUUAUUUAUUUUUAUUACCAAAAUAAUUUCUUAGUCUGUUGUUAACUUGAAUUUUCUUAGAUUUAUUUAAGAACAAUGUCAGGUGAUUCAUUAUGUAAAGAUAUGUCUAUGUAUUGAUGAUGACCUUGAGUUGUAUGGGGCCUUAAAAGGUGUUUAAAAAAAAGUAAACAUUUAAAAGAUUUCAUUUUCACAAAUAAAUCCAAGAAAGCAAUGCAAGCUACUUACAUACACAACAAAAGCAUGGAUUAGUAUGAUCAGUAUAACUAAGAAUUAUGGCUGUCUUGAAUAACCAUAUAAGGUGCUGUCCUUUUAUGGUGUUUUUUUUUUUUUUGUCUGUCCUU